GCGCUCUCCUCCGCUGGCCAAGAAAAUCAAAGAAAAGCUCGCUCAGCUAACGGUUCUUCAGGAGCGUUUCUAACACCAACACACGCACACCCGUACACGUACACACACACAGCGAACGGCAGUCGUCAGGCCGUCUCGUAUAAAAUCUGUUGCAUCACUGCUGCGGCACUUCAGUCGUUCGAACGCGUGCGGCCCGAGAAGUGCAGUUUUGCAGUUUCGAGUUAACAAAAACCUAACAAAAGUAAACAAACUAAACUGAACAUAAACCGAACUGAACUGAAUAUUUUGCGCAAAGAAUCGGAAAGUCAAAAAGUCGGAAAGUCGUAAACUCGUAAAGUCGGAAACUACGGAAGCUACGAUGCUCGGCUGCAGUGACCACUUAGGCAGCCUAAGAUGAAGCAUACGGAUACGGAUACGAAUACGGAUUAGCGAGAUAUCCGCGUUGAACAUUUCCAAAGACCCACUUACCUCAGUGCAAUGCUUUAGGCGCCAAACCCAUCAAGUUUAUUCCAAAAUCAGAACUCUAAAAAGCAGCCAAAAUUAACGCUCUACAAGGCAUCAAGAUUCUACCCUCCUUCGCGCAACUGAAAAUGCUGAACAUGGAGUCGCCGCAGAUGUACGCCGAUGCCGUUCAGACAUUGGCCCAGCUGGACCUCAAGAAGGAGCCUCCGCUGCAGCAGGCCACCAUUGGCCAGAUCACCCUGACGGCCAUGUCCACGGCGCAGCAGCAGCAGCAACAGCAGCAGCAGCAACAACAGCAGCAGCAGCAGCAACAACAGCAGCAACAGCAGCAGCAGCAGCAACAGCAGCAACCACAGCAGCAGACCACGGAUGCGAACAACAACACGUCCCAGGACGCGGCACUGCUGGUCAAGCAGCACGCCAUGCACCAGAUGCAACAGGUCGCCGCCCUGGGCAGCAACAACAACCUGCUGCAGAAGCAGAUGCUGCAGCAGUACACCACCCAGACGGACCUGGACGAGCUGACCACCCAGGAGAUCACGCUCGACCUGCAGCACCUGAUCGACGAUCAGUUCAGGGACACGGAAACGCUGGGCAUCUUCAGCGACAUGGUGACCAGUCCGGGCGGCCUCUCCGCCACUCUGCCGCCCAGCGGCAUGGUCUCGGCGGCGGCGAAGGUCCUGCAGCAGCAGACGCUGCGGAACCAGCACGGCUACGGGGGCAGGGGCGGCGGCGGGGGGGCAGGAGGCGCGCUGGCCUACAUGCCGCAGCCCGUGCACGCCACCUACAACAAUUCCAGCGACGAGAACAGCUCCGUGGGCUCCGACUCCAGCACGAUCAAGGAGGAGCCCAUCGAUCCCGAGUACCGGCGCCACCUGCAGGAGGCGGCCAGCCAGCAGGCCGCGUUCAUGGGCAACGGCGGCGGCCUCUACAACGGCUACGGAUCGGGGACGAACGGGCUGUCCGGAGGCGGCAACCCACUCAAUGGGGGCAACACCACGCCCAGCAGCAAUGGGAGCAACGGCAGCACGGGCAGCAGCAACGGCAGCCAGUUCACCAACCUGACCACGGCCAACGUCCUGGCGCACCACAACCUGCCCCACCUGGCGGCCGCCGCAGGAGCACACAACCUGCUGAAGCAGCACAGCAAGCUGCACGCGCAGCAGCAGCACCAGCAGCACCAGCAGCAGCAGCAGCACCGCAAGCACAGCAACAAGCACGUGGACAAGGGCACGGACGAGUACCGCAGGCGGCGGGAGCGCAACAACAUUGCGGUGCGCAAGAGCCGCGAGAAGGCCAAGGUGCGCUCCCGCGAGGUGGAGGAGCGGGUGAAGAGCCUGCUGAAGGAGAAGGACGCGCUCAUCCGGCAGCUGGGCGAGAUGACCAACGAGCUGCAGCUGCACAAGCAGAUCUACAUGCAGCUGAUGAACCACGCCAAUCCCGAAGUCAGUCGCGUCUGCCGCAGCUUCCUCAACACCAACGAGCACUCGCUGUAGCUGCCGCGCAGCUAGUGUCCUGUGUCCUGUGUGCAUGUGUGUCUGUGUGAGUGUAUCUCUGUGUGUGUGUGUGACUGCUCGAGUGUGUGUGCUCCAGCACGCAAGUGUGUGCGUGCGAGGAGACUCUGCUAAAUCAAAGAUUCAAAUGCUGUGUGGGUAGCUCGUAAGUCCAUUCUCCUCCUGCUCUUCAUUCUUCACUCUUCGCUCUUCAGUCUUGAGUCUUCUGUCUUCAGACUUCAGUCUUCUGGCCGUAGACGAUGAAGCGGUCGCCGCAGUUGGUGGGCCGCUGCAUCGUGUGGCGGCCAAAACUCUUCUGCCGAUCGCUCUGGCAUUCCUUUGUACAUUUACUCUAGCCCCAUUUCUUGUUAUCACUGUAAAGCAUAUUUUUGUACUUAAUUCUUAACGACUGUAACAUAUAUUUCGCACGUUUUUUAUACAUAAUCUUAUACGUUACCAUAAUACGUUAUCAUAAAGUUAAGCCAAAGAAAAAUGUUAAAAAUAUAAUAAUGUAAAAAGAGAAUAACACGCAGGAAAGAAGAACGAAAAUACAAACAUCAAACCUAUUAACUAUUUAUACAUCUAAUUCAAAUGUGUACAUUUCUCGAUGGUGUGCGGCUUCGCCCUUUGCUUGAUGCCUUGAUGGCUUGCUGCAUUGAUUCAUUGAUGCCACGCCCACUUCCACUCCAACGCCCAGCCCCGCUUGACACACAACAUUAGCAAAUCUCUAGUUCUUAAGUCGGAGCAUCAAGCAACGCUUUACCAGCACCAGCCCCAAAAGGAGUCCAUCCCAAAAUCAAAUAGUUUUUGGCGAAUUCCACGAGUUCGCUGCCGAGAGCGUAGAAGAUAUGAAUGCUAUUAGUUGUAAGGCCAACGCAAUGUUCUCAUUUUAAUUUAUAUAUUCGUAAAUUAAAUAUACACAAACCAAGAAAACU